GACAACAUCCCGCUCGCCUAGACAUCGAUCUGGGACAUCCUCAUCAUCAGCAAGUCUGGUUCAGCACUACAUUCCUUUUCUUCAAACCCUUUUCCAACUAUCUUCUGUCUUUCCCAAGAUGGCUCAGCGAGCUGCCCUUGUUUCUGCCCUCUUCGCCGCGGCGAGCCGCGCGCAGCAAGCCUGCACAUCCACCACCGAGACCAAGCCGUCCUUGAGCUGGGCCCAGUGCACCGCUUCUGGCUGCACAAACACCUCUGGAAGCGUUACCAUUGAUUCCAAUUGGCGAUGGACUCACGAUACCUCUGGUUAUACCAACUGCUACACGGGGAACGAGUGGAACGCGGAACUCUGUCCUGACGACAAGACCUGCGCGGCCAACUGCUGCGUUGAUGGCGCUGAUUACGAGGCGACCUACGGCAUUACGUCCGACGACACUGCACUGAAGCUCAGCUUUGUCAAACAGAGCGCUGAUAAGAACAUCGGUAGCCGUACUUUCCUAAUGGCUUCCGACACUGAGUACCAGAUGUUUGACCUUCUGGGCAAGGAGUUCACCUUUGAUGUCGACGUCUCUAAGCUGCCUUGCGGCCUUAAUGGAGCCCUGUACUUUGUCUCCAUGGAUGCUGAUGGUGGAAAGUCCAAGUAUCCGGGCAAUAAAGCCGGUGCUGAGUAUGGAACUGGCUACUGUGAUGCUCAGUGUCCUCGCGACCUGAAGUUUAUCAACGGCCAGGCAAACGUGGACGGUUGGACCCCCUCUUCCAACGAUGCCAAUGCCGGCGUUGGUAAUCACGGCUCCUGCUGUGCCGAGAUGGACGUCUGGGAGGCCAAUGUCGUCUCUACUGCACUUACACCUCAUCCGUGCUCAGAACCCUCGCAAAGCAUGUGUGAGGGCGAUAGCUGCGGCGGUACUUAUUCGUCUGAGCGAAACGCUGGCGUCUGCGAUGCCGAUGGAUGUGACUUCAACCCUUACCGCUUCGGAAACACCUCUUACUACGGCAAGGGCUCUGAGUUCGUCGACACAAACAAAGUCUUCACUGUCGUGACUCAGUUCCUCACUGAUGACGCUGGUGCCCUGAGCGAGAUCAAGCGCUUCUACGUCCAGGAUGGCAAGACCAUUGGCAACGCCGAGUCCGACCUGGAGGGCGUUUCUGGCAACUCCAUCACGCCUGAGUUCUGCACCGCCCAGAAGGCCGCCACCAACAACACCGACGUCUUCAAGGAGAAGGGCGGCUUUGACGGCAUGACGACCGCGAUGAAGUCAGGAAUGGUGCUUGUCAUGUCUCUGUGGGACGAUCACUAUGCCAACAUGCUCUGGCUCGACUCCACCUACCCAACCGACUCCACCCAGCCCGGUGCCAAGCGUGGUACUUGCGCCACCAGCUCCGGAGCUCCUGCCGACAUCGAGACGAGCGCGGCCGAUGCCACAGUGGUCUACUCCAACAUCAAGUUCGGCGAAAUUGGCAGCACAUUCAAGGCCCUCUAA